AUGACAGAGCCGCGACGGGUACCCGACGUGAACGACCUGAGGGUCAAGCUCUGUUUCAUCUGCCGCGAAGAGGAGCUGUUCGACAGUGAGGACAACCGACGGUCGUAUGUGCCAUCCACCGCUGAUGCGCUUCCACUAGAACCCGACGAUCCUCCCCGGGCGUGGACGCAUCCCUGCUCGUGCACCCUCGUCGCCCACGAGUCCUGUCUGCUCAAUUGGAUCAAGGCCGCACAAGCAGAUCCCGACCGCUCCAAGAACGCACUCAAGUGUCCGCAAUGCAGCACGACGUACGAGCUCGAGAGUGACAACCCGCGAGCCCUCCGGAUCCUCAAUGCCGCCAACGUUGCCCUCUCCCAGCUAGGACAGGUCGCCACAGUCUGUGCAGGAGUCACUCUCGUCGCCUCGUUUGGCUUCACUCUUUACUUCGUCGCGACCUCGUAUGGCGUCUUCGCCGUGCGCGAGUUCCUCGGCGAGGAGGUCUACCAGGCCCUCCUCGGUGACGACCCCGCCAAGUGGCCGCUUCAUGCCUUCAUCAACCUCCCCGCCAUCCCCCUUUCCCUCAUCCUCUCCCGCACCCGUUUCUUCGACUCAUUCCCGCUCAUCCCCCUCCUCACUACCUGGUCCACCUCUCCCCCCGUCAACGCCCCCGGCUCCCCCUCCAUCUGGGGCUGGGCCCGCCCCGCCGGCGCGCGCGCCCCGAGCCCGCUCUUCACCUGGCCGCCCUCCCCGCUCAUGAGCAUCAUCCUCCUCCCCGUCGUCCGCCACGCCUACCGCCGCGUCUACCAGCGGCUCACAAAGUACGCCAUGGACGGCCCCCACGACCCCACGGACCACCCUAUCCGGCGCAUCAUCUGGGACGGCCUCGGGCCCUUCAACGUCCUCCUCCGCAUCAACAACAUCCCCCCUCCCGCGCCCGCCCCAGUCGCGCCCGCUCGCCCCAACGGUGAAGCCGCGGGCCAGGCAGACGGCGGCGGCGACGACAACGACGCCGCCGACGCCGCCGCGCGCGCCCUCCGCGUCACCAACUCGUCCAUCGGCCGCUUCGUCGGCGGCGCGCUCCUCCUCCCCGUCGUCGCCGGGCGCAUGGGCGCGCUCCUCCUCCGCCUCUCCCGCCGCUCCGCCUGGCUCCGCGCGUUCCUCGCCGUCGGCGUCCGCGCCGCCGCGCCGCCCGCCCGCGUGCAGCUCUUCCCGAGCGCGCCGGGGGCCGCGCCCACGAUGGCGCAGCUCAGCAUGGGCCUCGCCGCGGGCCUGCACGUCAUGGCGGGCGGCACCCCGACGUGGAACUCGUGCGAGCCCGUCUGGUGGCGCAACACUGUCGGCCUGGGGCUCUUCGUGGUCGCCAAGGACUGUGUCCGUCUCUUCCACCUCUGGCUCACCAAGCGAGAGAUGGAGUCCCGCCGGAUCAAGAACCGCAACUUCACCGGCGUCGAUAUCCGCGAACUCGACUUGAUCAACCCUCCGCCGAACGGCACUUCAACACCGGCACCAGCAAUACCAGAUGAACAACCUGCGCCAGAUGCACCGGCCACAGCUUGA